CUUCAUUGCCUGGUUCGUCGCUCUGCCGUCUCCCUCCUUCCCUCCCUUCGCCCCCGCCUGCGUCUGUUGCCUCUUCUUUCUCGGCCUCUGCCUCUUCUUAAUGUGCGGUAAAACUACCCUACGCACGGUCGCCUGGAUAUACGGUUGCUGAGCUGAACUUCCAGGAGGAAGACACACACACACACACACACACAGAGAGAGAGAGAGAGAGAGAAGAGAAUCAGUACUGGCAAUGGUGUUCUACUUCAAGGCGCGGCCGGACGCCGGCGACUACACCAUCUACAUGGGCGCCGACAAGAACGAGAACGAGGAGCUCAUCAAGUACGGCCUCCCCGAGGACGUCUGGUUCCAUGUGGACAAGGUGUCCUCGGCGCACGUCUACCUGAGGCUCAAGAAAGGCGAGUCCAUAGACACCAUCAGCGAAGGCCUCCUGGAGGAUUGUGCGCAGCUCGUAAAAGCGCAUUCCAUUCAAGGAAACAAGAUGAACAAUGUGGAGGUGGUCUACACGCCAUGGUCUAACCUCAAGAAGGCGACGUCCAUGGAUGUCGGCCAAGUUGGCUUCCACAACCAUCGGAUGGUACACGUCUUGACAGUGGAGAAGCGUGUCAAUGAGAUCCUCAACAGGUUGAAUAAGACCAGGGUCGAGCGCCGACCAGACCUCAAAGCCGAGAAAGAUGCAUCAAAUGCAGCGGAGAAGGCCGAGCGGAAGAUGCAGCUGAAAGACAAGAAGCGCAGGGAGGAGAUGGAGAGGGUGGUGAAGGAGCGGCAGGCCGAGAUACGGAGCUACAAGGGCCUCAUGGUUGCCGAGAAGAUGACCUCCAACCGCCAGAUCGCCUCCGCCGGCAAGUCCAUACAGGAAAUGGAGGACGAGUUCGUCUAGCAGCUAGCCUCAUGCGUGUGUAGUGUAUCAUCCAUGUCCAUGUGUAUAUAUGCCGAUGCGCGCAUCUUGCAUGCGUGUGCGAGCGUGGUCUCGACGAGGCGGGCGAUGAUCGAUCGAUCCUCGAUGUUACUGACGGUGCAGGUGUACAUAUAUAAGGUCCUUGAUUUGGACAGAAAUGAGAAAGCAGCUAGCGCAGAAAUAAACUGUAAAUUCCAAAAA